AAACCUAGUUCCAUCAACAAACCUACGCCUGUUAAGUCAGCUGCUUCGGUAGAUAACGCCUAUUUUACCAGAUGCUACCGAAAUAAAGCAAGAGGAUGUACCUCGAACUCAACCUCAACCAUCACCACCAAUAGACUUGCUCAAUUUAAACCAGCCCCAACCCCAGCUGCCGGUGCAAGAUCCACAAGCCACUGUUAUGCCAACGAGUGACGCUAGUUUCGAUUUGCUUGGAGUAUUCGGGGAUAAUUCAUCUGGCAUUGGCUCGGCUCCAAUACCUGAUAUUUUAGAAAUUAAUGUACAACCAACUUCAAAUGCCAACCUUGAUGAUAUCUUCGGCUCAGUUGCUUCAUCGGCGACGAAAAUCAACCUGGAGUUUGAUAGUUUUUCUGUACACCAGCCGACACCAACUAGUGCAAACACUUCAGCGACGACUAAAGUAACCCCAACCUGGUGUACUGGUGUGUGUCGCGUCAGUCUCAGCAAAAUAAUCGUGCAUCAACAACCAGAGCUCAGUACGUCAUAGUUAUUUUUCUUCUCUGUUUUUGGAAGCUAGUGCAAUGAGGUAUAGUUUUAAUAAACAUUUAUUCGAUUUGAAA